ACGCCUCUUGUUUAUUUGUGUUCUGUGUUUAGAAAGUGCAGUUAGCUGAAAACAUGGAUUGGAAAGGCACAGUUACUGCCGUUUCCGAAAAUGUUUUCCCCGGUAUUUCUAAGAAAAUCGACGAAGAAUUAUAUGGGUACGAAGUAAUGUCGAAUUUGCCUUUGCAAAUGUCCCUUUACUUCAACGUGAUAUUUGCACCUUUGUGGUGUAUUCUGAUAAUACUUUUUCUUAACGAAAAUUUUCAAUUAUACACGGAAUUAUAUAAAUUCAUAAUAAUAACAAUCAUCGUAACAAUUUUCGCAAUAGAAGUACUAAGACUGUAUUUGGGAUACGAAGGGAACCUAAAGGAUAAAGUUCCUGAACUGGCAGGUUUUUGGAUGUUGUCGGUUUUAUUGCAGUUUCCACUGCAAAUGUUUCUACUACUUAAUCCGUUUUUCGGAUUGAACGUUGUAGAAGUGGUGGCGCAAGGUUUGAUGUGUUUGCUGCUGUGCUUGCAGCUGAUUUUUGGCUAUCUGGCUCUGAAAUAUACGGCAUUGCAACAGGCUGCUUAUUUCAGGAUUAUGAAGUGUAAAAAUUUGGACACUUUUAAGUACAAAGUUAGUUAAUAAAAUGUGCUGGAUUUGUG